GUAACUUCACAGUUCACUUUAGUAUUUCAAGUGUUCGAGGUGAAUAACGGCAUCUCGAAAACGAGAUGAGGAUAGCAAAGUUACAUUUACUACCAGCCUUGCUGCUAAUCGCAACUGUGAAACUGGAUAUAGUUGCUACUGAAAAAUGGAGCCCAAUUCAAAUGCUGCAAGCCAGCACUACACCAUGUCCGCCCAUAGUAACCUAUACCGAAAUAGUUGUUAAAGAUCCAACACCAGCACCAAGUACAGGUUCAACAGGACCAGGUGAUGACGGCCUAGGUGAUACUGACUAUGACCCUGACUAUACUGGCCCUGCUGGAGAUUAUACACUUCGAUCAAUUGAGCCGGAUUAUGAUUCACUACCAGUGAAUUCAAUUGGCCGUAAUGCCGAGCUUAACACAAUAAACGGUACUGAUUCUGCGCGAAAACAGCAAACAAUCGUCAUACGACAAGGUUCACCAGCACGACGAGGUUCACAGCGUCGGCGACGUCGUCCAAAUCGCAGACGACCAUCAGCUGAAAAGCGCAGACGUCGAAAUCGCCAUAACUCGAAAGAUCGCCGUAGGCGUCGCCGCAGAGGACAACGCAAAGGACAACGUAAAGGGUCACGUCAAGAGCUACGUCAAGAGCCACGUCAAGCAUCCCCUAGAGUGUUUUUACGCAGACAUUAUACAAAUAGACGAAAACUUGGUGAAAGCACUGCAAAAAACGAACAGCCUCAGUAA